AUGGCAGAGCCUGAAACACUGAAAAACUCGCCUACUGUCACCACCAACAAGGUGCAAGGAACAAAAGGUCCUGCAGUUAGAAGAUUUGUUGGAGUCAGGCAAAGGCCAUCAGGAAGAUGGGUAGCUGAAAUAAAGGAUUCAUCUCAACGUGUAAGGUUAUGGUUAGGAACAUAUGAUACACCUGAAGAGGCAGCUAGAGCCUAUGAUGAAGCUGCUCGUGCCCUACGUGGAGAAAAUGCAAGAACCAACUUUGCAUCUGUUAAUCCUAGCGUAAACCGAUCCGGAUCAUCCUCUAAUUCUAAUGGUGGGUUCAAUAUGUCUGAAUCGGAUGGGAGGCACGGCCUUAGCUUCUCUUCAUUAAAGGCUAAAUUGAGCAAGAAUUUGCAAAGUAUCAUGGCGAGGACAACAGAGAAUAAGUCAACCAAAAAUAGAGUGAGCGACCACUUUACUUUUGCUAAUAUAUUCCACUUUAGGAGCCAGCAAUACCAAAACCCUGUGGAUAUGAAGAACAUUGAGAAAGUUGUGCAGCCAAGCAUCAUUGUGCCCCCUGUGUCAGAUCACGAGCCUUCUUACUCUUGGGAAACAUCUAGUAUUUCAGACUGUAGCAAUGAAUGGAUUGGGUUCAGGCAACAUGGGCUUGAUUCAGAUGGAUCUGAUAUUGGAGAAGUCAAUACUGUUAAUGCCGAUCAAAUGAUGGGUUGGGUCGAUAGCCCAGAUAUCAGUAAUUGUUGCGGAGAUCAUUGUUCUAGGAGUAAGAGGUUCAAGGUUUCUUCUUCUGUUGUGGUUCCUCCAAGCUUUAGUGGGUCUCCAUCCUUUUGUGCUUCUAGUUCUCCUUCCUUUUGCGGCUCUCCAUUUCAUGAUGAGAACUAA